GUGACCUCUGACCCCUGUGCUUGCGUCUCCGCUCGGCUCUCAUCACCUGAGGAGGAUUUUGCGGGUCAGAGACAGAAUGACAGUUCUUUCCUUCAGCACAUGAGUCGGUUAGUGAAGCUGCUGUAGUAGCUCGGCGGCCACUACGCUCGUCCCUCGAUGGGGUUCACGGAGGCGGAGUUCCCACUGCUGCUGUCAGACAACACCGAGCUAGCUAACAUGCGUCCCUCGAUGUCGGCGAUUUGUUUUGCUACAUAGCUAAUUAGCUAAUUAGCGCGUCUGUAAGCUAGCAGUGUCUGUAGUGCUAACUUUAAAAAAAAGAAAAAAAAGAAGCAGUCAAGUAGGAAUAACAACACUGCCCCGGAAAUUACUGCCAACCAGAUGGCCGGCCACCGCUCCUCUCUCCGGGGCUCAUCGACGUGCCCCUGUCGCAAUGUGUCCGAGGUCGGUUCCACCCAGUAACGGAACAAGCUAGCCCAGCCGUGUCACCGGCUCCGCCGUCGACAUCUCGAGCGCCAAGCUAACCCGAGCGCGCAUCGGCUAACGGGCGGCCACUUCGGAUAACCCCGGCGGGACGACGUCUCCCAGCGACGAUGGCUAACGUCACGGACCUGCAAACGAAGUACAGCAAGCUGGCGCAGGAGUACUCCAAGCUCCGUGCCCAGAAUCAGGUGUUGAAGAAGGCAGUCGUGGAUGAACAGGCCAACUCUGCCUCGUUUAAGGAGCAGCUGAAGCAGAGGGACCAGAGCCUGAGGAAGCAGGAGCAGGAGAUGGACAGUCUCAGCUUCAGGAACCAACAGCUGGCCAAGAGGGUGGAGCUGCUGCAAGAGGAGCUAGCUGCUAGUGAAGCCAAGGGCAAAAAGGGGAAGAGUAAAGUAGAUUCUCCGUCACAGCAUGGGCUGCAGACACAGAGUGUUUUCGAUGAGGACCUGCAGAAAAAGAUAGAAGAAAAUGAGCGACUUCAUAUCCAAUUUUAUGAAGCAGAUGAGCAGCACAGGAGGCAGGAGGCCGACCUGAGGGCGCGACUAGACGAGGUGGAGAAAGACUCGGAGCAGCACCAGGCUGUUGUGGACGGACUCACCACGAAGUACAUGGAAACGAUUGAGCGGCUGCAGGGCGACAAGGCACGUUUAGAGGUGAAAGCACAGACUCUGGAGAGAGAAGCAAAAGAGUGCAGAAUGCGAACAGAAGAGUGCCAGCAGCAGUUGAGGCGAUGUCAGUCAGAGCUGAACAAACAGGUGAAACAAAGCAGCAGUGUUAUCCAGGAGAAAGUGCCCUUCAAUGACACCAAACUUAGCGACUACAACAGCCUCAAUGUUCCAUCACACAAUCGACGGCACCAGCUCAAGUCGCGGGACGUGGCAGGUCAGGCGCUGGGCUUUAUUCAGGACCUGGUUGCUGCUCUGUUGAACUUCCACUCCUACACAGAGCAGAGAGUACACAUCUAUCCAUUGGACUCCUCCAUUGAGCCCAUCUCCCCUCUUAACCAGAAGUUUUCUCAGUACCUUCAUGAGAACGCAGCCUAUGUCCGCCCCCUGGAGGACAGCUUUCUGCAGCUACACCAAAGCAUCACAGAAGACACCGUCACAGUAUUGGAAACUGUGGUCAACCUGAAGAGCUUUGCUGAUAAUUUCUCCUCAUACACCCACUUUCUGCAAAAGAUUCUUCCCUACCAGCUGAAAAGCCUGGAAGAAGAGUGUGAGGCAACUCUUUGUACUGCGGUCCUCACGGCGAAAAACCAGGAGCUGCAGAGUGACGUGAAGAGAGUCACUUCAGUGUUUGAGAAACUGAAGAGCUACCUUAACCUCUUGGCCUUACCCAGUGUUCAGCAGGACGCCAUGCCACAGAGCAGCACCUCCGCUGUCUUUACUCAGCUGGCUUCCUGCCUUCACAGUCUUCACGAUGUCAUUCAAGAGAUGUCAAAGCACUACAACCAGAAGGCCGGCUUAGAGCAGGAGCUCCCCACCAUCACCCAGAAGCUUCGCACCACCACCGAGUGUCUGCUGGGAUCUCUGGCCUCGCUGACCAGCAGCACUGGCAAGAUUGCCACUUUCUUCAGCAACAACCUGGACUUCUUCACAUCCUCAGGCUACAGUCCACGAGGCAGCACACUUGCCCUCAACCCCUUGCAAGCAGAGAGUAUGCUGGCCAACAAAAAGAAAGCAGCUGCCUAUAUUCAUGCUGUCAAAAAGCCCAGGCCACAGUCGGUCCCAUACAGAGAAGCCCUGUCCAACCGUCGCAUACUCACCAGCUCCACCGAGAGCAGAGAGGGUCUGACUCAACAGGUGCAGCAGAGCCAGGAGAAGAUCGCUCGGCUGGAGCAGGAGAAGGAGCACUGGCUCCUGGAGGCCCAGCUGGGGAAGGUGCGGUUGGAAAAGGAGAACCAGCGCAUUGCGGACCUGGAAGUGCAGCUCGCGGCGGCCCUCGGGGAAAGUCCAAACUGCCGGCUGCUCAUGGCUGCAGCCGGCACACCCGCGCAGAGCCACGAGGAGGCCGAGACUGAGCAGAAAGCCGAAAGCUCUACGCUGUGCACCAGCCUGGUUGGCAUGUUGUGCACCACACCUACAGUUGAACAUGUGGGAGACGAGGAGUCCAGGGAGCAGCUGAUAAAGACUCACUACAUGGCCAGAGUGGGAGAACUCACCACCCAGCUCCAGAUCUCAGACAGCAAAGCUGUGCACUUUCACUCUGAGUGUCGAGCUUUGGCCAAGAGAUUAGCCAUUGCAGAAACAUCACGGGAGACUCUGAGCGAGGAGGUCAAAGUGGCCAAUCAGAACAUCACGCGCUUGCAGGAUGAGCUGACUACAACUAAGAGGAGCUACGAAGACCAGCUCAGCAUGAUGAGCGACCACCUGUGCAGCAUGAACGAGACUUUGAGCAAGCAGAGAGAGGAAAUCGACACACUUAAACUUAGCAGCAAGGGAAAUGCCAAAAAGAACAAAGGUCGCUAGAGCUGCCCUCAAAACUCUGGCUCCAUUUGGCAUCAAGGCAGCUUGAGAGAGCUGAGCUGGACUGCGGAGCCUCCCAGCAGCGUCUUGGUACCAACACCACCACUGUCCACAAACCACAGGACGGCUACACGAGCCUCGGAUUCCUUUGCUGUCAGACAGUGGUAGUACAAAUGAACUGCAUGGAGGAUGUAACAUGAUUGACUGAAAAAGCCCCCCCCCCCCCCCCCCCCCCCCCUCUUUCCCUGUCACGGCACCAGUUAUAACAACGUGAUUUGCUAAAAAAAAUACGUUUUCUGAAACUGUACCAGAAGCUGUUGCUCGACUUUUUGGACAAAGGCUGGUGGGAGAGAGACUGCUUUCCCCCCUAAAAAUGAGGAAGAUGAACGGCUGACAACAGUUGAAGUCGGUGAUGCUCACUGAAGUCAAGACUUGAAGACCAAACCCUGUAGAUCUGUGUGUGUGUGUUGUUUUCCUGCUCAGCGAGGAAAGGAAGCUGCAUCCUCACUGCUCAUCUGUGGGAGCAGUCGAACAGAGCAAAUGUUGGUGUUGCUGUAUGUGUGCAGAGUGAUGUGGCACUGGGCUUGACAACACGCGAGUAAUGUUUUACACUUGAGAUUUUUUUUGUAAAAAUCAAAUUUGAGAUUAUUGAUGCAAAUGGUUCCAAGGGCCUGUUUGUCAACAUACAGCAUAAAUACAUCCCUGACACACGUAUAUCAUGAAGGGCUUUAAAACCUGAACGAACAGAUAACAAAGAUACAGGUGAAUUCAAAAAAUGUCAAUCCUCUGGGAGUGGAGAACAGGAAAAAAAGAAUUCUGCCUUUAAGCUCUGAUUUACUGUGUUUACCGAGACAAGGGUGAGAUGGACAAGUCGGAGCUCGUAGAAUGGUGUCGGUCUGUGUCUGUGAAGUAAUUUUUAUCACCAAAGUAAGUGUGGAAGCGCACCAGUGUGGCAAGAGUCUCUACAUUCAUGUUGUAAUAUGUAUGGAUAAAAAGGGUUGAUAUGAAUAUACACCAUUUCAAAACAUGAAAUAAUUUGACUGUAUAAUAGAAAUUAGAUUAAUAAAUAAAUUAAAUUUAAAAAAAAAAAAUAUAUACACACACACACACACACACACACACACACACACACACACACACACACACACACACACACACACACACACACACACAAAGGUGUUUAUUCAGAGGUUAAAAAUUUUUAAUUUACACAAAAUUGGGAAAACAAAAUCUGCUGCUAGUCCUUUGUCUCCUACAUGGCCUGAUUCCUGGGAGGUGUUGUAAAGGGUUCGGCACAUACUGUAACUGGUGCUUAGCAACCCGAUUCAUGAGUCAUGGCAAAGUGCAGUUAAAGUUUACAGUAAAUUGGGACGUCUCCGGCUUGUAGCAGCACGAAACUUUUGACCGAGAAGCCUAGCAGUGAUUAUUCAAGUAAUCAAGAUUAAACAAGUCCUCUUGUUUGCCAGUCGUCACCUGCCAGCAGACCUUUGAUCGCAAAGAUUUGCCAACACCCCUUGAAUUAAUGCUCGUAUUUUCAGUGUAACCUGUUGAAAAGCACAUGAAGAUAUGUGUAACAAAAUAAAGAGCUUGCUCAACACUUGAA